AUGUCAGCCAGCAAGACUAAUGGUCACGGCCGUGCCCCCUUAUCAGCCUCCUCCCUCUUCUUCACUCCUCUUCCUCCAGCUCACGUAGUAACCCCUGGCAAAGAAUCACAUGGGAGAUACAUGCUGACCGUCCCGUGGAAUCGAGUGUCAGGGUGGGGUCAACCUAGGAUCGGACCAAGGCAGGAUUUGAGCUUUGAUCCUCUUGCCGGUGUUCUACAGUACGCCGUGACGUGUUUCGAAGGAAUGAAGUGCUACAAGACCGACCAAGGUGAUCUUCGACUGUUCAGACCGUCAAAGAAUUUUGACAGACUCAAGCGUUCAGGUGCAAGGCUUGGUCUUCCUUGCGAUUGGGACAACGAUGAAUUGCUCGAGCUUUUCGCCAAAUUGAUGGCUUUAGAGGCACCUCUUGUUCCAAACACCGACGGAUCAAAUUUGUACAUCCGACCUACCCUGUUGGAAACGUCAGAAGGAUUCGGCAUCAAGGAGGAUGCUUUCGCCGCUGAAGCUUUACUCUACGUCGUCACCACACUCAACCUAGGUAAAGGUCUUUACGCAUCAUCUGAAGGAGAAGGUAAAGGAAUAAAGUUAGAUGCAUGUAAAGAAUUCAUCAGAGCAUGGCCUGGAGGUACCGGUAGCUACAAACUCGGUGCAAACUAUGGUACCGUCAACAUUUCCAAGAAACCAGGAUAUGCAAUGUCGCUUUGGCUUCAUGGCAAAGAAGAUUUCAUAUCUGAAGCGGGGGCGAUGAACGUAUUUAUCAUUAAGGAAGCAGCCGAUGGAUAUACCGAGUUCAUCACUAUGUCCCUGUCAAACGGAAUCGUUCUUCCCGGUAUCACCAGAGAAUCCAUCAUUGAGCUUCUCAAUGAACACGCUGAAGGAAAAAGAGAGUUCCCCAUCCAAGGUGUUCCCAAGAACAUAAGGGUUGUGGAAAGAGAUUUAAGUAUGCCUGAGAUCAUAAAUGGCUUGGAAGAUGGAACUUUGAAGGGUAUGUUCGGUUGUGGAACUGGAGUCGUUGUAGUUCAAGUUGGUGAAAUUCAAUAUCAAGGAAAGACGUACCAGAUUCCUUCCAAUCCACUUAUCAAGACCUUGAGAGAUACAAUCACCGGAAUUCAGAGAGGUAAAAUUGACGAAGGCAAAUCAUGGAGUUUCAAAGUUCCUGCUUGGAACCCUGAAGGCGCAGAUGGUCAAUCAGAUGAAGAAGUCACGGCUGCUUGA